AUGGGGUAUUCACUGGCAGCAAUGAACCAGCCUUACUGCCCCAUAAAAACAGAUGUUGGAAAAAGGAGGUGCUGCCCACCUGUGGAGCCAGAGGUGGUGAUUCACCGAAUUAGAAUUAUUCUCACCAGCCGCAAUGUAAAGUCCCUGGAAAAGGUGUGUGCUGACUUGAUCAGAGGCGCAAAGGAGAAGAAUCUCAAAGUGAAACGACCAGUUGUGAUGCUUACUAAGCCUUUGAGAAUCCCUACAAGAAAAACUCCUUGUGGUGAAGGUUCUAAGACUUGGGAUCGCUUCCAGAUGAGAAUCCACAAGCUACUCAUUGACCUUCACAGCCCUUCUGAGAUUGUUAAGCAGAUUACCUCCAUGAGUAUUGAGCCAGGAGUUGAGGUUGAAGUCACCAUUGCAGAUGCUUAAAACAAUUGUUUUAAUAAAUUGAUGACAAAUUG